AUGGAAAACAGCGAAAACCCAUUUAACAUAGACCCAAAACAGCAAAAGAAGUACGAAGCAAAAAAACGAGCAGAGGAAAUAAAGGAACUAGAAGCAAAAUAUGAAGAAGACCUUGCCUCAUACACAGAAACAGAAGAGGAAGUAGAAUAUGAAGAAAGCCAAGAAGAGAACAUUGCAAUACAAGAAAUCAUAGAGAAGAUAAAAAAGAAAGAUCCAGAGAUUUAUGAUGGGAAUAAAAAGAUAUUUGAAGAGAUAAAACAAGCACAUAAGAAGGAGACAACAGAGAAACCAGCAGAUAAACAAAAGGAGUCAUCAUAUAGAUUAAAGGACUACUACAGAGAGAAAACAUUGGAUAUAAUGAAUAAGACACCAGAAGAAACAACAGAAGAACUCUUCCCAACAAAAGAAGAAGACUCAUGUUCUGAAGAUGCCUCAGAAGAGAAUCAAGUAAGAGACAGAAAACAAGAAAGAAUAAAGAGAAAAACAGAAUAUAAUGAAGAACAAAAAGAGAACAUAAAAGCAUUUAUAUCUGUAAUGGAAGAGAUAAACACAACAGAUGAACUAUUCCAGAAAAAACCAGAAGAAGCAGUGAAAGAAGAAGACCCAGAAAACUUUCUGACAGAAUAUGUUUUAAAAGGGGGCUGGCAGAAAGAGAAUGAAACGAACAAAGAAGAAGAAUUAUUAUUCCUAGAAGAAGACAGUGAAGAAUUAGAAUUAAUUGAAGAGUUUGAUAAAGAAACCAUUCCAACAACACAAGGAAAAUUCGCAACUGUUAAGAAACCUGUUCAAAAAAGGAAAAGAAAGGAAUUAAAGAAGAAACUUAGAAACAGAGAAGACGAAAAAAUAAAACAAGAAGAAAUAAAAAGAUUGAAGAAUCUUAAAAAACAGCAAUUCAUGGACAGAAUUUCUAUUUUAAGAAGUGUCUCUGGGCUAAGUAAAAGACAAUUAUCAAAAAUUAAAUUAGAUGAAGUUUAUGACAGAAAGGAGUUUGAUAAAACCUUAGAAGGUCUUUUUGGUGAAGAAUACUUUAAUAAAGAAGAAGAAGAAAGACCAAAAAUCAAAGGAUAUGAAACAGAAGCACAGGAGCUCAAACAAUUAGAAGAAUUAGCAGAGAAUGCAGAAUUACAACAAGAUAGAACAUCAGUAAGUGAAAUUAAAAAGAUCCUAUCAGAAAUAAGAGAAAUAGGGAAAGAAUAUGCAACAUUAAAGAAACAAGGAGACUUUGAAUAUGUAGAAAUGCCAGCAGUUAAUAUUGGAUUAUCUACUAGAGAAAUUUUAUUAGCAGAUGAUAAAUUCCUUAAAAUGCAUUAUUCAAUAAAGAACUAUGCGCCAUUUAAAAACGAUUAUAAAAGAAAAUAA